GGCAUGAAGAGGAAGGCGCCCGGCUCCGUUCGCGUAAGUCUUGAAGAUGCCAAGGCUGGGAUCAACAAGAUGAAGGCUCUGAAGUGGGAGGAUCUGCUUGUGGUUGGCAAAGUAACUUCCCUGCCUUAUCCAGGGAUAGGCAAUCCACCUCCGAGGCCAGGAGGACCCUUUGACUUUGUCGGCAUGGUUGAUCUGCAGGAGGUACUCGACUGCCUCACGGAUCUUGGUGCUGGGAAGGCGCUUCUCGUGGAGGGUCCAAGAGGCAUCGGCAAAAGCUGCAUUCUCAGGGCAUUGGCGUGGAUUCACAUCCUGCAAGCAAAUGAUCAUCAGAAGGUGCUGUGCAUCUGGGCAAUGGAGGCCGCUCUCCGCGUGGGCAGUCUGGUGGAUGUUGUCAAAGACGGCCUGCGUUUCGCAUACUGCUUUCAGGACAGCGUGCUGGCGGAGAUCGAGAGCCUCCGUUCCAUGGCAGGGAUCGUGGAGUUCAUUCGAAGCCGCAAGUUGAAGGGGGACAUUUUCUCUUUGAUAGUUGACGGAGCCGAAUACAUGGAUGUCCAGGAUCUCACCGGGGCUGCGAAGGUGGAAAGGCAGGAACUGAGAAAGAGUGUGGAUAGUCUUGCGAACGAGGCUUUUAAGCGUGUGUACGGGGCCCCCAUUGUACCGUGGAACAAGAUGCACCCUGAGAUGUCAAUAGUAGUCAGGUUACAGGAUGGCUUUGCUAAUGAGGAGUAUGAUGCCUAUGUUGGCAAGGUUUCUGUGCUGAAAGCUGUCUGCUUGGCUUUUCCCGGCUAUGCGGACCUCAUCAACUAUUAUGGCGGUCAGCAUCCCCUGUCGCUGGCUGUUCUGGACUAUAGCUUCAGGAAGCGAGCCGCAUCGAAGCUGGCAGGCUGGGGUACUUGGUCAUCACGGGUUCAGACGCCAGACAAUAAGCAGACCCUUGAGCUAUUACCGGAUGCUGAAGACAUUCAAGCAGCGCUGGACAUGUUUGUCAGUUCAUCAGAGGUUGAAGCCAUCCGGGAGUCGAUAGCGGUUUUGCUCAGAAAAUACAGGGAACACGGGGUGGCCAUGGCUUCAUUAUAUAGCCAGGAUGAGAUGAUUGAGCUGGAUGCCAGAUAUGCAGUUGAGGGAGGAGACUACUGCACGCAGUUCAUCAAAAGGAUAUACGUUGAAGAGUUUCGGAGCGCAGACAGGGUCUUUGGUGGUGCGCCAGCGUGGUUGCCUUACUGCAAGUACCUGCUUAAGAAUCCUGUUGGAGUGAACUGGGCUGAGAUGGGCUGGUUGUGCGAGCACUUGAUAGGGGAUGCUCUCCUGAUGGGAGGGGGUUUGGAUCUGGAUGGCUUCCACGUGCAGAAUGUGAGAUCUCGGGGGUUCACUACUGUCCCCAAGUUUGCAGAUUGGCACUCCGAAGUAGGCGAUGGUGUUUUCUUCAUUCCUCUCAAGUACAACUAUGGUUCCAUCGAUGGGCUGCUUGUCAUCCGAAUCCAGGGGAAGCUGCAUCUCUUCGCAAUCCAGAUCACGGUGAACGCCAGCAGGCAUUACCACAGCGCCGAAGAGUUCAUGAACCUGUCCGUGGUGGAGGAAUGGAUCCCCAACAUACUGGCAAAGCGUGACGAGUGGGAGCUGCAUUUCGUUUUUGUCUGCUGCGAGAGCAAGGCUGCGGUCAAAGUUGCGCCGGAACUCAAGGCGACGAGGAGUGGCAGCGCUUUCGGCACCUUGGCUUACACCAUGCAUCAGGUUACUUUCCAGUCGCUGCUGGCUAACUCGAUCAGCAGCGACUUGAAGACAGUGUUAGAAGAGAUAGCGAUUAGGCGAACACCAGAAGAGGAAAGAGACUCUGCACCAGCAGGAGCAGCAGGAGCAGCAGCACAAACUACGGCAGCGGGGCCCAAAUUGGUGGAGAGGUUGCUUGCUUACUCAGACCGCAAGAAGCUCAACCAGAUUGCGCAAGACGAAGGCGUUGCUUUGGAUCCUAAACUGAAGAAGCCGGAGUUUGUUCUGCAACUGGCAGCAAAGCUUGCAUGCAAGGAUGGUGAUGGGGACAGUGAGGGAGGCGCAGCGCAGGGCCAGGGCUGCAAGAAGGCCGAGGAGGCGGGAAGCUCCAAGAAGCGAUCGAAUCCCAAGGAUGCCGCUGGAGCUACUGGAGAUGCGGCUGCUGCCUCCGCAAAGAAGAAGAAGAUCAAGGAUGGUAAUGGGGACAGUGAGGCGGGCCAGGGCAAGGCCGGGAGCUCCAAGAAGGCCGAGGAGGCGGGAAGCUUGAAGAAGCGAUCAAAGCCCAAGGAUGCUGCUUUAGAUGCCGCUGCUGCCUCCGCAAAGAAGAACAAGAAGUGAAAACAAUGAUUUCUUUUCUAACCGUUGAUCUAAUGGGAGCCGUCCGAUCCAGCCCUUGUUCAUUAGAAAUUGUCGGGUACAUGGGAGAUGGAAAGCAAGUUUGACGAUAAGCAAAUCGACGAAGAAGUGGGCUUAUUUAUGGGGAUUUGUUUGGACAUCUAGUCAGCAUCUAGAUAUAUAGGUCAAUGGAACACCUUGCUCAUGUUCCUAUACUGUCUUUUGUAUCUCAAGUCUGA